AUGUCUGGCGCGCCUGGCGACGGGCCCAUGGUCCCAGCGUCCGACCAUGCUCCACCAACCAGCGACAGGGUGCGCGCCAGAGCGCACCCUCCGGCCGCUCAUCCAUCGACCAACCCUCGCCUUCGCCACCCUCUUCUCCUCUGCUCCUUUCCCUUAUUCCCAAAGGCUGCGAAAAUCCGGCGACCGAGCAUCGCCCACGCAGCAAACGCCCGCGCGCCUCCACCCGCUCCUACCGAUCCACAUCCGAGCGCCCGCGAUUGCCGAAUCGAGCAUCCCUCACCGCCAGAUCUGCGCCCACACCGGUACUCUAGUACAAGUACCUAUCCUCCACCACCGCCCAUGGCCGCCCUUGCCCAUCACCACAUGGACUUCCACCGCCCUGCCUCCAGCUUGAGCCAAGACUCCAAGCCUCAGACCUACUUUGACGACUUCACCAACGACUCGUUGCUGGAGACGUCGACCAUCAUGUCCCCCACCAACUCGCAGGUCGGCAUCUUCUCCCCGGAGGCCACCAACCUCUUCGACCCGGACUUCUCCACGCCCGCCUUUGUCGACCGCAACGUGUCGACGAACCCCUUCUUCCAGGGCAACAACAACCCUUACAUGCGUCUCGGUGCCCAGCAGCAGGUUCCUGCUACCUACGGUCAGUCGUGGCCCAUCGACGAGGACUCCAACGACGUCCGCACCCCCAACUCCACCUUCUUCGACAACGGUUACGAGUCAAAUUACCUGGCCGUCGGCUCCAGUGAACCCUCUGCCUACUCCCUCCCCGUCAACGUCAGGCCUGCUUCCGUCUUCCCCUCGAGCCAGUCGGGCAACCCCCCUUCGCCCCACUCCAACAAGGAGUGGAUGGCCAUGGCCGCCCAGGAGAUGGAGUCGAGGCCUCUCAACAAGCGCAUGAGGCCCAACACCCCGCCCAGGAGCUACUCCCCUUUCCCCCGCCGCGAUGGCAUCAGGAAGAAGAACGCCCGCUUCGAGAUCCCCGCCGAGAGGAGUCUCCUCAACAUCGACCAGCUCAUCGCUCAGUCCAGCAACGAGGAUGAGAUCAAGGAGCUGAAGCAGCAGAAGCGACUACUCAGGAACAGACAGGCCGCUCUUGACUCGCGGCAACGCAAGAAGAAGCACACCGAAGAGUUGGAAGAGGAGAAGAAGGUGUGGACCGAGCGUGUCAUGCAGCUGGAGGACGACCUCCAGCAGAUGAGGCUGCAGGCUGAGGCGCACAUGCACGAGAAGGAGCAGUGGCAUCGCCAGCAGCUCGAGACCCAGCAGAUCAUCGAGACCCUCCAGUGGGAGAAGGAGGAGAUGGUCCGGAGUCACACGCUCGAGACCGGUGAGCUUCGCAAGAAGGUCUCGGUCCUCGCCGAGAAGCUGGAGAGUGGCAGCCCUUCCAUGGCCGCCGUCCCCAGCUCCACCUUCACCGACUUUGCCAACGACAUGGACAACCUCAACAUGGGCAACAACGAGUGGGACAGCUACAUCUACAACGACUUCUGCAUGGACGAGAACACGCCGCAGCAGCAGCAGCAACCCGCCGAGACCUCGGCCGUCUCUCGGAAGAAGGAUUCCGAGGACAAGCCCGUUGCCUCUGGCCUGCUUCUUAUGCUUCUGCUGUGCGGUGCUUUUGUCGCCAGCAACUCGGGCUCUGCCCCUGGCCUGCCUCGCAUGCCCGAGGACGUCCGCGCGGCCUCUGCCGACGUGCUCAACAGCAUCUUCAAGGAUGCCGGCGUCGCGCCCUCGGCUCAGUCGGCUCAGAGCCUCAUCGCCAACCGCGUCGAGACUGCUCUCGAGCCCACUGCCUCGGGCUCCUUCUGGCCCAAGCCGACCCUGUCUGGCGCCGAGUUUGCUUCCAUGUCUGCCAGCAAUGGCGCUUCUGCUUUCGACGCCCUGGCUCAGCUCACUGCGCCGACCAAGGAGCAAGAGGCCGAGCAGGCCUUCUCCAUGACUGCUUCCCAGUACAACAGCCUGACGUCGACCGACUUUGGCCGUCGUCCGUACACUGCCGGCAGCGACGACUCUUCUGCGCCCUCGACGCCGUCGCACCGCCGCAAUCUCGCCGAGACGUUGGCUGCCAUGCGCAACGACAACAAGGGCGAGUCGGCCGCCGACGUGUACACGCGCAGCCUGCUCUGGGACAAGAUCCCGACCGAGGUCGUCCGCGAGUUCAAGCGGAUGGUCGAGGAGAGCAGCAGCAUUGCCGCGUCGGUCAGCAGUCCCGGCAGCGUCAAGAGCGAGGUCAACGUGUGAAGAUCCACUUAGCGACCCCACACGACGUCGACGCUCACGACGAAGAGGGCGAAUCUACAGAAGAUUGUCUAUGACGCUCCGGCAUCUCUCGGAUGCUCGCUUGUACAACCAGUCUGCAUCGGAGGGCUUCUCUUUCUAGCGAAUCGCAUCGCAUCAUCAUCACGCCACGCUCUCACGGAGCGAAGUCGCUUCGCAUGGCCGGCCAUGAUGAGGCACAUACAUGCCAUGGCGCUCCCCGCGGCAAACGCGACAUGGAGCGCCAUGCUUCUCAUUUUGUCUUGAUCUUUCGCUUUUGAUUUUUCACACGAAUAUUCCCUUGAUCGUUUGGUGUUUACAGCAGAGCGUGGCGAGCGACUUGACUUUUUGACUUUUCUUGUGUCUGAUUUCCUUGGUUAUCCGACAUUUCCUCAGCAUUUUCCUGCAAGUCUCAACAAAUUUUCCCUUUUCAUGUUUUUCCGAUUUUUCCUUUUUUCCGAGGCAAGAUAUCACGA